AUGGAGGAGAACGAGUCAAAUCGUCUUUCUCCUCUUACUUCCGAUGAUCACGCUGGGAAACUAUGGAUAGUGACAAUCCUAUCGCUGAUCUACACGUUGCAUGUGGCUGUGGCGAGAGUAUACAUCAAAUACCGCAUGCUGGGAGUAGACGACGCGCUUUAUGGCGUGGCAGUUUGCCUUGUCACGUCCACCGUCUUUUUUCUCAUGACUCUUACCUUUGCUAAAUGCUCAGUCCUUGCCCUUAUCCGAAGAAUCAUUGACUGCAAGCCUGGGAAGAGCGAGCCGUUCUGCAUUGGACUCAUGGUCAUCACCGUUCUCUGGGGGGCCACGUCGAGUGUGUCUUUCCUCAUCAACUGCAACCCUAGUAGUGUAUUGACUGUGGAAAACCUCGAGCAGUGUCCACAUCAGACAUCCCGUUGGCUAUCUAUAGCAUCGCUCGAUAUAGUAACAGAACUCCUCACACUCGCCCUCAUCGUACAAUUGGUAUGGUCAGUCAAUAUUGGCCACAGUCCAAAGUGGCAAGUCGUUGCCGCAUUUUCAUUUCGCCUGCCUCUUAUCGGUCUAUCAGGCGUUCACGUGGCAUACGCAAACAAGUUUCCAUUAUCCGAUGAGCCGCAAUUCGCUGUUACGAAAGCUCUCCUAUGGCAACAAAUCAUGGUCUCGUGGUCUCUUCUAUCCGCUACGUCUCCGAACCUAAAGAGCUUCAUGUCAUCUUUUAACAUCGGCUGGGGCUUCCCUGUUGCGUUUGACGCGACCAACCUCGACCCCUCGGAUCCGCUCGCGCUUCAGGAGCUGGGGAAAAUUAGUUGUCCGGCAGUCACUACAUCGACACUAUCAUCAGUUGCGUCGGUUUCGAGUAGCGAGCGACCAGGUAAUUGGAGGCCCGACGUUGUUGCGCAUCAAGUAACUAUAACACACGAGAGUGACAGAACGUCUCUGGAUGAUACAACUGAGGAGGAGAUAUCUCGGACAGGUACUCACGAGAUGAUCAUUAACAAGGAGGUGACUUGGAAUGUCACAUACGAAGACAGAAGGUGUUAG